UGGUUCCAGCCCUAUAGUAAACACGUGCUGUGUUGUUUUUGCAAUGGGAAAAGUCCGGAAAGUGAAAACUCGGACGCCCUCGGGCGUGGACACCUCAGCGGAUCUUGAGCAUGCCCUGGACGUGGAUGCCUCAAGUGAGGCGGAGGGCUGCGGGCCCAUCGAGGCGAUCUGCGUGCACCUGCAGCGACCGGAUGUGGAGGACAAACUGAACGGACUGCACUCCUUCGCGGUGCUGGCGCUGCGCAAGGAGAAGGUGCGCGAAAUCUGCGGCAGCGAUCUGGCCCGGAUUGCGGCUCCUCUGUUGUGCGACAAGGAGGGCGCCAUUCGGAAUGCGGCAGCCGGUGCCUUCCGGAACUUAUCGGUCUUUGGCACGGAGGUGUGCGACUUCCUUGUGGAAAACGACAUACUGACCGCCCUGCUGGCACUGAUCCGGGGCUAUGAUCUGACCAGGAACGGCUUUGAGAACGAGCUGCAUGCGGACACCUUCCUGCAGGCAACCCAUCUGCUUCGGAAUUUGUGCGAGAGCUCACCCACUGCCACGGAAGCCUUCAACCAGGCCAACCUCCUUGCCAGCCUCCUGCUGGGCUUCGACUACCGAAAAUUCGGCCUAGAGGUUGCCAUUUCAGUGGCCCAACUGGUGCUGGUGGUGUCCGAGAACAACUCCAGCUCGUGGAACGUCCUGGCCAGCAGUAGCAUACUACCAGAGCUCCUCGCCGUUCCCGCAGAAAGUCAUGCGCAGCUGUACCUCAACGCCCUGGCUGCUGGUAUUCUGUGCAACGUUCCCGCCUGCUCGGCUGCCCACACACCGGAGAUUCUUAACGGUCUGGAUAAACUACUCUCCAUUGAUCCGCAGGCGCAGCUGCUGAGUUGCAAGAACGAGAUCCAGAAUGCCAAGGCAAAGGAUGAGGCACCCGUGUUGGAAAUCUCCAUGGAGACGGAGGAGAUGACGGAGUCCCAGAGCGCCAACCAGUCCAAACCGAAUCAAUGUGAUGCUGAUGUAGCACUUAAGAAUCUGGAGCACUUGCUAGAUGCCCAGCGUCUGGUGGCGGAGAUUAUUACCAACUUGGGCUCCAGUGAUGACCAGAGCAACUGGGAUUCCGCCAGCGAUCAGUCGGAAACGGAGAGCGUGGCCGAUUACGAGAUGGAGGACGAAGCAACUGACAGUGGAGCGGGUGGAUUGCCUGCCAAUUUCCUAGAGACCAUCAAACAAAACAAAGUGGUCGAGAAACUGUGGCAAAAAGCUCAGCCCUUGGAUCCUGUUUUGGAGAAGCUACUUUCCCAGCAAGAGAGUAUCAAGGAGAAAGUGGCCAAAAUGCGGGUGUCCUAUCUAAUUUGUCUGCAGAACCUGUGCAACGUGCUGGCCGCAGAAGAUUUGGGCGGAUACAGCGACAUAUACAAUAUGUGGAUGAACUUGGGCCAGCAGGCCUUUAAAGGAACCGAAGAUCUAGCCAUAAUGGAGGCGAUCACUGCGCUGAUGCGCUCUUCGCUGAGUCUGCUCAAGUCGCGCAGGGAUCUCUUCGGUCAGAUGACCGAGAAUGACCUGAACAUGAUAAUCGAAGGAGCCAGAAAGUGCGAGGACUUAAAUAUCCGAGUUAACUGGAAUCGAAUGCUGGGCACUUUGGGUUCACUGCUCUCGGAGCCACUGGUGAAGGUUAUAGUUUUGUUCCUGUUGAAUUGGUGUGCUCAGGAGGAGGAUCUGUGGGCCCUGUCCGAGGGACUGGAUGCCCUGAUGGACAUUUUCGCUGUGGACGACUGGCCCCAGAUCAUCGCGGAGCUGCAGAUGUGCGAUCGAGUGCAAUCAUUGGAGGAGCUGUUCAAGUCAAAGCUGCGCCAACAGCGCCGCGAGCUGAAGGAGCGACGGGCCACCAUCUACACAGUAAAGACGAACUUUGCGCGCUUCGUUUCCUAUCUAAACAAGAACUGCAAACAAUAAAAUUAACCGACCACAA